AUGGAGAUGCUUCAGGCUGUCGAGCCCGCUGGCCGGAAACUGGCCACCAAGGAGUCGCCCUUUCUGCGCUUACCGGCGGAGCUGCGCCUGAUGAUCUACGAAUAUGCCCUGGCCAUCCCCAACGACUACAUGGACCGGCCCUUGAUCGUGGUCGACGACCGCGGAAAAACGUUCACGGCGCGAGGACGAUAUCGCGCGCUCUGCAUGUGCCCCAGCUGGGUGGGCGAGAACGGCCGCGUCCGCAACAUGCUGUCGGUCAAUCGCCAGCUGCACGACGAAGUCGAGGACUUUGUCUAUUCGCACAACACGCUCUUCUUCCGCAACUCGUUCGACCUCGACCGCGUCGGCGCUUUCCUCGACACCCUCAGCGCCACCGCCCGCAAUCGCAUCCGCAGCGUGGGAUUCGAGGUCUUCUUCUUCGUCCAUUCGCAGACGGGGGUCCCCAAGCGGACCUUGAAAGAGUACGAGCGCGCAGGUCGCAUGUUGUCGGAGAAGCUGCCCAACUGGACGACGGUCCUCCUGUACCUGGACCCUCGAUUCUACUUCCCGUCAGCGGCCGUGGGAGGCCGUGAACUGUCGGCUCGCGGCGUCUGGUACCUGGCCACGGUUUUCGGGAAGAUGCGAAAAGAACUUCAGUUUCUUGCGCUGCCAUCGAUCCAUCGACACGUUAUCAGCGAAGCGCAGCGCAUGCUGCAGAUGGGGAGACGAAACUCCCAAGAAAAGUCUUGUCUUUAG